UCUGAGCUAAUCCCAUGUCAGCUGCUGGCAAUAGAUAGGGGACCAGGAUCCGCCCUUCGCUUGCGGAGUUACAUAAACUCACGGACGGCCGACUGCAGCCGGAAAUCAGCGUCUCUUUAGUUUACCUUUCGCAAUCUCAACUCAGAGUUCAAGGGUUCUGCAAUGUUUUAAAUACACACUUUAAGAAUGGCAGCUCCUCACUCGCCUGUCUAUGCCACGGGGUUGUGUGUCUCCCUUUUGCUGCUGUGUGUUCAGCUCGCCAGCUCCCUGCUUAACCAGAGGCCGAUCAUUGGUAUUCUGGCUCAGAAAACAUAUGGGGGUAAUUUUGAGAGAUUUGGUGACAGCUAUAUUGCAGCAUCAUAUGUUAAAUAUCUGGAAUCUGCCGGGGCUCGAGUUGUGCCCAUAGGUAUUAACCUAACGGAAGAUCAGUGCCAGAAACUCUUUUACUCCAUCAAUGGACUACUUCUCCCAGGUGGUGGAGCAAAUCUUCUUCAGUCUCCAUAUGCCAGGAUUGCUGCCUUCUUUUAUAAACUCGCACUUCAGGCCAACGAUCAUGGGACUUACUUCCCAGUGUGGGGAACCUGCCUUGGAUUUGAGGAGCUGACUGUCCUUACAAGUGAAAAAAAUCUUCUUACUACUACAAACACAUCAAAUGUUCCUCUUCCUUUGAAUUUCACCAAAGGUGCUAUGGACAGUCGGAUGUUUAAGAAUUUUCCAGUGGAUCUAAUGAAGGCAUUGGCUGUAGAACCUUUAACUGCAAAUUUCCACCACAACAGCCUCUCUGUGAAGAAUUUUACAAGCAAUGCAGAAUUAAGAAACUUCUACAACAUCUUGUCAACUAAUAUGGACAGCAACGGCAUAGAAUUUAUAUCCACGAUGGAAGGAAAAAGCUACCCUGUUUAUGGAGUUCAGUGGCAUCCUGAGAAAAAUUCUUUUGAGUGGACCAGAAAGGGGAAGAUCCCACAUACUCCUCAUGCUGUUGAAGUUGGAUGGUACAUGGCUAACUUUUUCGUUAAUGAAGCUCGCAAGAAUUGGCAUCAUUUUUCUGAUAAAGCAGAAGAAGAAAAUGCUUUGAUUUACAACUAUGCGCCAGUUUACACAGGGAACAUUUCUGGCUUCCAGCAAAUUUAUAUAAUCUAAGGUACCCGCUUCAGUUAGAGUUGGGCUCUAGCAAACCAAAUGGGCAGUUUGGUGUCUUUGUGAGGAGCAUUGUAUUUUCGUGCACAAUGCAUAUGAUUUUUCAAUCACUUAGAAAUUAAAUUUUAAAUGUUAAAUGUAACCGCUAGAUUUGAUCUGACAGGUGUACUUUUUACAUUCAGGCAGUUCUGGUAACUGUAGCCAUAAUUGCGAUUAGUUGAUUGCCACUGGCUGCAGAACAAUGUCAAGAUAAACUUACUGCGUUUUGUGAGAUCCAUUUGUUAGUGAGCCUUCCUGUUAUUGGCUAAUAAUCCAGAACCCAAUAAUGUUCUGGGGACCCAGGUUCAAAUCCCACCAUGGCAGCUGGUGAAAUAUGAAUUCAGUAAAAAUCUGGAAUAAAGAGAGCUGGUUUAAUGGCAACCACAUAACCACUGUCUAUUAUCAUUUUUAAAAAAAAGACAAUCUGAUUCAAUUAACGUGCUUUAGGGAAGGAAAUUUGCCGUCCCUACCUUUAUCUGAUUUACAUGUGACUCCAGACCCACAGCAAUGUGGUUGACUUUUAACUGCCCUCUGGGCAAUUAGGGAUGGGCAAUAAAUGCUGACCUAGCCAAUGAUAUCCUCAUCCCAUGAAUGAUUACAUAAAAAAAGAGAUACUUCUGAUCUAACUUCAGAAAAAGGAUUUACCAUCUGUGUGCCCCUGACUCUUAUUGCCAUCAGGAUGGACAUAGCUAGCAUAAGUCCCAAGACUGACUUUUUUAAAGUUGCCUAAAUUUAAAGUCACAAGCAUUCCUUUGUGGUGCAAGCUACACAUUAGUAAGCCUCUGAGCCUGCUUUAAGAAUGAGACUGAUUGAUUGACAAGCUUUUUUUUUGAGGUUAUAGUGAAUAUCUUGCAAAGACUGGAGGAGAACAGCACACUUCCAAUAUUACUGCAGUGAAAUUUGCUAUAGACCUUUUUUUAACCUCUUUGUAGAAUUCCCUGCCUUUUCCAGUGAAGCACAAAAGUAAAGGGGCUAAUGCUGGACAUCACUUUUCACAAGGAUAGUAUGAUUGAUAUUACAACAGCUUUUUCAACCUAAUAAGGAAAAGUUACAAAACAAUCAUUUUCUCCAAUGAAAACUGAAUGUAAUUAUAUUGUUGACUACUAAAGAAAUUAACAGCUUUGUAUUAAUUCUCAAUAAAGUAUUUUUAAAACA